AACUAAAAUAUAAGUUUAACUUUAAACAUGCCGUUUUAAAAAAACAAAAUUUUACGUGUCUUCCACUGCCUCACGCGCGAAUUUAAAUAGGAGUAGCAAUAAAAGAAGCUAUUAAAACUUUUGCGUCUACCAAUCGUGUAUAUACGUAAAGAGAAAUGACUUUUGUAUUGGAAACCACCGUCCCGUGUUUACCUAAUUUCAUAGAGGUAUAUAGUUUAGGCUGAAUAAAGGGGGCAAAAGCUGCAGAAAAGAUUAACGAGGAUAAAAUGUGUGGGUGUUGAGAAAAUCAAUCUAAUCUACUCUUGACUGCAACAAGAAUUCGUAGUAAAAUCUCUGCCUUUGGAAAUUUUCUAUCAAAACUAUACGUAACACCAGCACCUUAUUAGAAUUUUUUGCAAAUUAUAACAGAGAUAUAUAUUUAUAAGACAUUCCAGUCUUAUAACAUUUGUGGCCGAUCUAAUUUGGUCAAAACUAUUCGCAUAUUAGGCCUAUGCAGUGAGAGUAUGUAGGCGUUCGCUUUUUACGUAACACAUCACAAGCUAUGUAGCCUACACUCACUACAAACAAAAUUCUACAUAGGCCUUACGUUACUCUUUAGUGAAUAUAAAUUAGCCUAUGCUAAUGUUCAGUUGUUCAAUUUGAGCUUAGCUUAUGUAUGCAGUAAUCUAUAGCGAUUUAGUUCAGGAAAUAGAAUGUAUGGUUUCGUUGAAGUUAUCCUGGCAUUCACUCUUUUCUCUGUUGCAACAAGUCAAAACGAUGCAGACCUAAUAGUGAUAUCGAAAGUCGCAACCCAGUCUGCUUUGGUUUACGACUGUUCAGUAAACGUAAUAAUUCCCAAACGAACGUUACAAUGGGAACAACGAGGUGGAAAAUGCACUUCAACUGACGAACACGUUUUUCAGUACGAUGUUUUCGAAAACGACACUGUUACAAAAAGACGCCUAAUUAUUUUAGGUUGCAGUGAAAGUACGUUUGCUUGUGUACUUACGCAUAGUACACUUGGAGAAUCAGAGAAAAUUGUUAACAUUACAGGCACUGCGUCAGAAAGCGUAGGAUCCUGUGGGGGAAGCAGCAUUUUUAGCGUUUCUUUAAUUCUGUGGGUGGUUCUUGUCAUCGUACUACUUAUAUCACUGCUGAUUGCUGUGUUAGUCAAGCGAAGGGAAAAAUUAAAGCAUACGUUCACACAACAAACUAUCGAAAGUGUUGCCUAUCGUGUAUCUCAGCCAUCCCCCACACCAGUGCUCCCGGAUGGGUCGGAAUAUUGUGCAGCACUGGAUGACGUCAGGACAGUACCAGAAAAAAGUAGUACAGUGUACUGUCUUGCCCAACCCAACCCACGGCGAAUUUUUGACCAAACUUUGCCAAGAAUUCCCGAAAACUUUCCCACAAAUCCUUCACGAAACAACAAACCAAGACCCAUCUCACUAGCUCUCACUAACGGCUACAGUAUCGCAGGAAUUCCGAACACACGAGUGACAAUGAGACAAACGGGCCCAAGACACGGCAGAGUUCUAACCACACAGAGUGCAUAUUAUGCGACACCAGACCGAUAUUCUGUUUAUUGUGCCGCUGAAGACGUAGCACCUCGACCGAGAUAUCAAUCUACUGCUUCCGAUUCCGACUAUUCGGAAAUGUCACCACGAACUCCGAAGCCGCGGAAAGUGAGUACUAAGUUCGCGUUUACCCAACGGUUUGAAACAUACGGCCAAAAAGAAACAGGACUGAAAGAAACAAAUCUUACGCAUCAAGAAUCUCGCGGCCAUCUGUACUCAACUGUGAACAAAGAACACAAGCGCAAGAAACCGGAAAUUACGUCAUCAUGUGUUGGAGUAAUUGACACGCAACAAAACAAAUCCUGAAACCACACGGGAAAGUCCCCGGGGCGAGAGGAUUUUAACCACCGGAUUGCAUUUGAGGAUACUGAGUUACGUAACUAAAUCUUAACAAUUCUGAUUUACGGAACUGGAAGUUUAAAAAAGUAAUUACAGCUUGUGGCGAAAUCAAUACUAUAUUUAAAAUACACUAUUGCUCAGAAAACGAUAGCGUGACUGGACUAUUUUCAAUAUGAUUCUAUUUACAUGCUAUAUGGCGAAGCAUGCAAUAGGACCUAUAUAGGGUAUAGGCCGUGGUUAUAAUCCAACACUCAUGGUUCGCGCAUACGCAGUUAAGCAAUGCAUCGGUGACAAUGCAUCAUCAUUAACUCAAGAACAAAAAAGUGAAAUGCAUCAUCUUUAAUUCAAGAACAAAAUACGGCAUUCAAAGCAAUUCAAGUCAGCCACCGAACUCUAUAAAUAGUUUUCAGCAAGAAACACUACGGACCCGUUGGACUUUACCACAAUUUUACAUAGGGAAAUCCCUUUUGGGAGCUAGCGUGUGUAUGUGUCUAGCUUAUGUAGAUUAUUUCAGUUUGGUUGCUAAGGAACUAUAAACAUAUGACCUUGACGUUAUAUCGCGUGUGAUUUUGACGUCAUGUCGCGUGUGACUUUGACGUCACAUCUGUUUUAACUUUUCAACAAAUCGCAGUAUUGCAAAUGCUUGCGACAUGGUGACAUCGACUUUAUGACGUCACAGUAGACACUUUUUCGGCCGUGGUUCGCGUCUAUUUUUAGAAA